AAGAUGGACAGAGGCAGAAGAGUUCCUCGAGAUGGUCGUGUCUGCUCCUAUCGCGUCGAACUCACCCUCGGCAAUCCAGAUGGAGGCGAUGAAAAAGCUCUCCUUGGUUCAAUUGAUCAGCUAUGGUACAUUGAAGAAUAUGCCCAAGUACGUUCCGGCACUAUUCACCAAGAACGUCAAGCAAUCGCCAUAUGGUCAACUAGCAAAGAUCUAUCCCGCUGGUCCACUUCUCCAACUCGCAGAGAAGGAACAAAAGACCUUCCUACAAGACUAUAAUUUGGGACUGGUCAGGGAGGUUCUUGCGACUGCGCCACGGUGGAAGUUGAAGACAUUGACGAAGACGUACCUGACGCUAUCGUUAUCGGAGAUAGGCAAAGAAAUUGGAAUAGCGGAUCCAGCAGAGCUUCGUGCAUUGGUUCAGAAUAUGAUCCAAACGGGAGAUAUAACCGCCAAUCUGGAAGGCGAUACCCUGAGUUUUAUUGAUGAGAAGCCUCAAUUCCGACCAGAGGAUAUUGAGAAAGCUCUUGCCACCGCCCAAUAUGAAUGUCGGAAACUCGCACUUAUUGAUCAGGCAGUUGGAAGGAGCAAAGAAUUUUUACAAAAGGCUCUUAAGGAGCGUGAUACGGGUGGAGGAGCUGCACUAGAUUACGCAGCAUGGAACAAACUUCAGGGUUUAUACGACUCUAAGCAUAAAUCUCUCGUCCUGAGGGAUCUCUUUGCUGCAGAUCCUCAGCGUUUCCAAAAAUUCAGCAGAGAAUACAAGGGACCGAAUGCGUCACUCUUUCUAGACUUCUCCAAACACCUCAUAGAUGAGGAGGUUUUGGCUACACUGAUCGAUCUCGUCAAAGAGGCCGGUGUAGAAGGAGCAAGAGAUGCCAUGUUCAAGGGCGAGCAUAUCAAUACUUCUGAGGAUCGUGCUGUCCUCCAUGUCGCUCUUCGAAAUGUGGAUGGCGCCUUUUCAAUUUCCGAGUCAGGAGUUGACGAAGUUGGACCCGUACUUGAACAUAUGCGAUCUUUCUCCGAAAGCGUUAGGAGUGGCGAGUGGAAAGGCUACACCGGCAAACCGAUCAAUACAAUUGUCAACAUCGGUAUCGGUGGCUCAGAUCUCGGACCAGUCAUGGUUACAGAAGCACUCAAGUACUAUUCCAAGCGGGAUCUCAAGGCGUUCUUUGUUUCAAAUAUCGAUGGCACUCACAUAGCAGAAACAUUGAGGGAAUGCGACCCAGAGACAACUAUAUUCAUCAUUGCGUCCAAGACAUUCACAACACAAGAAACAAUCACCAAUGCGGAGACGGCAAAGGAAUGGUUCCUAAAGUCUGCUGGUGAUACUGCCCACGUAGCCAAACACUUUGUUGCUCUCAGUACGAACACCAAGGCAGUCACGGCGUUUGGUAUCGCUGAAGAGAACAUGUUCCAAUUCUGGGACUGGGUUGGCGGUCGCUACUCCUUGUGGUCCGCCAUCGGUCUCUCGAUUGCCCUCGUGAUUGGGUUUGACAACUUUAAAGCACUCUUGGAGGGCGCUCAUGAGAUGGAUAAACACUUCAAGAGUGCUCGAUUGGAGGAUAACCUUCCGGUGCUGAUGGCUGUCCUUGGAAUCUGGUAUGGUGACUUUUAUGCUGGGACCAAUGGACAACACUCAUUCUAUCAACUAGUCCACCAAGGAACCAAGCUGAUCCCAGCGGAUUUCCUGGCUCCUGCCAAUUCGCUCAAUGCGGUGGGAGGUGACAAGCAUCACCGUAUCCUUCUUUCGAAUUUCUUCGCUCAACCAGAGGCACUUGCAUUUGGUAAGACGGAGGAGGAGGAGCUGGGCCCGAAUGCUUCUGAAGCACUCGUGAAGUCCAAAGUGUUCGAAGGCAAUAGGCCAAGUAGUUCCAUCAUGUUCCCCAAGAUGACACCGUCGACGCUCGGUGCAUUAGUUGCCCUGUACGAACACAAGAUUUUCGUCCAAGGAAUGGUGUGGGGGAUCAACUCCUUUGGUAAGGGAGAUCUUAUAGGUGAUAUUCCAUCGUCUAAUUUUACUGGCAGACCAAAUGGGUGUCGAACUUGGCAAGGUUCUCGCGAAGAAGAUUUUGGCGCAAUUAGAUAA